CGAUAUCAAAGAAAUGCUCCCACCAGGUUUCCAAAACAGAGUUCUGGACAGAGCAGCCAUGGUCACCGGAUGGAUCAACUGAAGGUGCUUCAUCGUCCGUCUUUCUAUGGAUUUGUAUCUCAUUGCAGCUGGCUGUCUUGCCUGGAGACUAUCACCGCUCGUGUGACAUUGUUGACUUGGCCACAGGCAGCUGAGCAGCAUCUGAACGCGAGGUUCUUGGUGGACGUGCUCCAUAUGACUGUUAUAAUCUCGGAGAAGAGAGGAGAUGUAUCUCAGCAACACAUUGCGCCACAAAUUUUGGGCAGACCGUUGCACGAGGAAGAUUCUCUGAUUGCACGGGAAGAGUUUGUAAAAGCAAUAGACAGCUUCAAUCGAGAUCACACCUUGAGAAUGAAUGCCCAGCACCUCAAGACGAAAGCAGAGGCAACGGUGGCCGCGGGGGAUCAUCGUACCAAGCUGUGCAAAGACUGGCGGAGCGGCGCCCGAAAGCAGAGGCUUGAUGGUGACUUGCAGAUUGCUAUUCUGCUCCACUCUACAGGAUUUACUUCAGAUCUUGUACAUCUCCAAGUCUUUUGUGGAUCUUCACAUAAAUCCUCUGCUUGUAGAUCCUGACGUGAACAUUAGGCAGAAUCGGUGCACGUGAACGUAACGGUGCUUUGACGCUUGUCAAUGGCGAGGACUAUGGUUGUUCUCAGUCACCGGGACUAAGUAAUUCUGGUCCGCCAAAGUAAUCGAGGAAGGGAAACUGAGUACAAUUUUGUGCGGCUGAUUCGCAUUGAGCAAACGAUUUUGACCUGUGACGUGAACCACCGAUCCGUCUUCUCACGACUGACUGACGAGGAAAAGAGAUUGAAAAGCGGCGGCUCUUCAGAUCAUGCAGUUGCAAGUGAGGGUUUGGAAGGCAUCGUUCAGCAGACGAGAGCAAACCGAGCAUAGAUCGAGAUGGUCAUGUAUUGUGAUUAGCAUGUGACGGGCUUAACUGCAGGCGUAGACGUGGAUCAUAUUGACAUCCUCCAUUCUGAUGUAUCUCUUAUUGAUAAUAUAGGCUUGAGGGUCCGAC